AUGAGCUAUCAGCGCUUUGAGUGGUCUGGGGAUAGACUGGCCCACGUUGAUAGUUUUCGGGACGGUCCUCUGCUGCCACCCAAGGACGCCUUCUCGUUUGACCUAAAAGAAGCCCUCGAGCUUCCACCAUCUAUUCCAAGCUCCCCUUCUGCUUCUACUCUCUCUGUUACAGCAGUGAACAGAUCCUUUGAAGGUGGACCGCCAUCGGUCAUCAACAGGCAUCCACACUUUCUUCAACAACACCAACAACAGCAGCAGCAGCAACACUUCCAACAGCUACACGACCAACGGCAGUUGCAAGCAUCUCCUGCGCACCUACAGCGCUUCACCUCUCACAGGGGAUUCAACAUGGCGUCCACACACAAGGCCCAGGCGCAAUGCCUUCAACUCUGUUCCGAGGUCGCUAGUGCAUGCGAUAGGAUUGCGGAAAAGAUGUCCGAGUACGCAGGGUUGGUGAAGCACUUCCCACACGGAUUCGGCCCCUUGGCCCGUGACGUGCUCGACACUUGUCAGGUUCUCUUCUACAUCGAGGCGGGCCUUGGCGAGGCCUCUCGCAACGACCAAUCCCUCCCCCUUGAUAUGAUUACCGUACUAGAGAAGAAAUUUCGAUCGGCACAGAUUACCUUCCGUUCUCUUGACCAUGUUAUAGCCAAGUUGCUCGAACAUGAAACCAAAGGCGCCAUGGGUCGUAUGCGCCGCGGCUUCGGUAAGAUGUUUGGAGACCACAGCCUCGAGCGAAUGAACGCAGCUGUAAACAAAACGCGAGAUGAAAUGAAGGUUGGCGCUCUCAUGUUCCAAUUCAAGCUUGGUGCUGAAAAGAUGGAGAGCGAGCUUGGCAUCGGAUACAUUGGUCUUGCCUCUGCUCUGGACGGAACUGAGUUUCGACGCCAACGUGCCGAAUCAUUGGCGUCUGAGGAGAAAAGCUCGGCAUACCGCGGCACAACCAGGGUUCCGUCCCAACACCGAAGUGUCGAUGAUAACCACGUUGCUAUGAUCACAGAGUCUCCGCUGCCUCUUCUGCCACCCAUCCCCAAGGCGGAGCUGUCGCCUCACUAUGGUCACGACUCCUCCCAUGGAGACAGCAAUGGCUUCACCUCGGUAUCAGAUUACGGCCAUCUUAGCCCUGGAGUAAAGAGAUACACCUCGAGCUCCGCCGCAAGCUCUUACGAUGGACAUCAGUCGAGACGAGCAACGGGCCAAGAUAAACUCAGCGCGUUUGAGGAGGAAAUUGAAAACAGCACAGCGUUGAAUGAGCUUGUAGAGGAUGUCAAGUCUCGCGAGCUAGACAGCUCCAAAGUACUCAAGCUAGACAGCGAGCCAUUUGGCAUGCCUCGCCGAAAGCCUCGCACCAAUGCCGACGCGGAUAGACCAAAUGUCAAGCAGGUUUUGGUGUCUGCGGUUCGUGCGAGGGACCACAAGCUUCUUUUACAGCUUCUGGAUCGGGGUGUUUCUCCCGACACUGGCAUCGAAGCUCACGCUCUCAACGAGGCCAUCUUCUCCCAUGAUGCCGAGAGCAUUCGCAUGUUGCUUCUGUACGGCGUGGACCCCAAUGCCACCGACAAGCAUGGUGUAAGCCCACUUGUUGCAGCGGCAGAGAAGUCAUAUCUGGACGCUGCCAUUGCGCUUGUCAAGUACGGCGCAGAUCCCAACAUGUCUGUCGGUCCUGAAAAGGACUCACCGGUUUCGAUUGCCGCUGUCGCCAACAAUGUCAGCUUUACACAUCUGCUUCUGAUGUACGGCGGAAAAGCAAAACAGUCCUUGUCAAACGGCGACACUCUUCUCAUUGGAUCCAUCAAUAAGAAGACUCCCAAGACAUUGAUCGACCUGCUUCUCAACUACGGGGCUGACGCCAACGAGAAGAGCAGAGAAGGUAAAAGCCCCCUUUUCCAAGCAAUUACCAGUGGUAGAGCCGACAUCGUAACCUCCCUCAUCGAGCACGGCGCCAACCCCAACAACCCUGGGCCCAAGCACAUGCUCUGGCCAGCCAUCCAUGAGCCGGCCUGCUUGCAGGUGCUCCUCGCCAACAAGGCAGACUACAGGAAAGCCCCUGGUCUCAUGGAGCUCGCCACGAGUAUCAACAACCUGGAUGUCAUCAGGAUCCUCCUCAAGGCGGGCGUCGACCCCAACGCCAAAAAGGACGGGGUCUACACUCCCCUGUGUACAGCGAUCCGCGACAACCGCAAAGACAUCUUUGACCUCCUCCUUCGAAGCGGUGCUGAUCCCAACGUCCCCGCCAGUGAAUACCCAUGUUUCAAGUGCGUCACUCACCACCGAGAGCAGUUCCUACCUGCUCUCGUCGCCGCCGGCGGCAACCUAAACUCCCCCAAGGGCAUUCUCGAGACGGCCGUGACAUCCAAGAACGGCCCGGCCCUGAAAUGGCUCCUCGACCAGGGCGUCGACCCCAACGAGAAGACGCCCAAGGGCCACACAGCGCUCACCAGCGCCAUCCGCGACAACCACAUCGGCUUCGUGGACACGCUCCUCGCGCGCGGCGCAAACCCCAACGUCCGAGGCGAAGACUGGCCCGUGUGCAUGGCCGUCCACAACCCAGACCUGCUAUCCCGCGUGCUGGCCGUGCUGGCCGAACCCCGCGCCUUCAGGGGCGUCCUCGAGCGCGCCGUCUGCGCCAACCAGCUCGAGUCGGUCAAGCUCCUCCUCGCCGCGGGCGUGUCCGUCGAGGACAAGAACGUCGGCGUCUUCUCGCCCCUGACAUCCUCCAUCCGCGAGCUCCACAAGGACAUCUUCGUCUUCCUCAUCAACGAGGGCGGCGCCGACGUCAACGCCCCCGGCGAGCACCUGCCCAUCGUAAAGGCCCUCCGCCGCUGCGCCACCGAGGCCCCCGAGGUCAUCGACAUGCUGCUCGAAAAGGGCGCCGACCCCAACAAGAUGUACAGAGGCUGGAACGGCAUCAUGCAGGCCCUGGAGAACGGGGACGCAGACAUGCUCAAGAAGCUGGCGCAGAAGUCGGGCGUCGACCUCGACGUCAAGGACGAGAUGGGCAGAACCGUCACCGAGAUUGCCAUCUCGAGGCGGUGGGAGGAGGGUGUCGACAUUCUGCUCGCACACGCCAAGUAG